AGAAACUAAGAUUCAUAGAAUUUCUAUUUCUAUUUAGUGUGACAUUCUAUGUUAUUACACCGUUCACCGAAUAAAUUUCUGACGAAGACGAAAAUUGGAUGGGAUCUUUUGUAAAACGAUUCAAACCGAGUACCGAAUUGUUCGAAUAUCGCCGAUGGGUAUCGUAUCAGUCCCAUCGCUAGUUGUGGGCAGUGACGGAAGAAGGUGGAGGGGGCGGUGGUACGAAAUAAAAUUUGUCGGUUGCAUCCCCCUUCUCCGGUGGAGCGGUAACCUGCAGUUGAGGUUGUAGCGCAGCGAUAGAGGCCGAGCUGAUCAGUCUGCGCGAGUCUGUCGAGUGGUAAGCUUCGACGUCGUCGUCCUCGUUAUCGUCGUUGUCGUCACUGUCGUUCUCUCUGUCCUCUUCGUUCGGUUAAGUUCCUUCUUUCGUCUUUCGAGCCGAGCAAGCAUCGUCGUGGUUGCAUAGCAUCCAUCGGCAAACGCAAGGAUAAUCGAGUCGUCGUUUCGAGAGGUGCAUUCGAUCGAAAAAGGAUCGAUUCGCUGAUACGGCAGAAACUCUCCGGAGUACAGAUGGUCAGAGGGUCGUUGCCAGGUAUCGCAGUGACGAUGGCAUCGGGAAGGGAAAUUUACGGUGCAUUCAGUUUAAUCGUCGACGACGUGGACUCGCAUUCGAUGUCGAGCGAGAAUUCUGAUUUGGACGGUCUGUCGAACGUGAGCAGUUCGCAUAAUUCGUCGUCUCAAACGCCACUGGAUAGCCCAGGUGGACCGAGGGAGAAAAUCAAACAGAUGCAAGUAGAAGCGGAAACGAGGAGAGGAGAGUUCGCCAGGUUACUCGAGGAACACGCUCAAGUCGUGAGGAAGUUGAAAAUGAUGGAGGCCGAGGAACAGCUGUCGGCGAGCGGAAACGUGGUCGGUGCUACGCACGCAUGAUUCCGUCCUUAAUCGGGCUGAAAAUGAUCGUGGAAUUGGGACCACCGAUUCUUUAAGUGCGACGGAAGAAUUAACGAACGCUUCUUCGGACGAUGAACGAUCUUUCGGAAUAACGUGGAGUUUAUUUUUCUUUGUUCGAAGUCGUCUGUAUUCUUCUCGCGAACUUCCUAAUUUCUGUAAAACCGUAAGUUUCCUAAGGUCGUAUCGUUGGAAAAGAACGUUCCUCCGCGAGGGCGUAGACAUUAGAAGUGAAUCACUUAUGAUUUAGAAAAUUUUCACGGAAUUUAGUCGAGAACAGAAAACGAAUAUUUUUACGCCUCUGUUCGAUUUCGAGCGAAGCUGCGUAACAUCUUCGUUGCCGCGUUCCUGCUUCUCAUCAUUUUUAGAAACCGCUGUUGAAGAGAAACGAGUGCGCGAGUAAAAAUAAAAACGAUUACACGAGCCUCGGCUAAAUAGCUCAUUAAUUUAGGAGAAGAAAGAGAAAAGUCUCGCGUAACGUUUAGAGAUUAGUCGGUUUUCGGCGAACGAUUACGUUUCUAGGUUUAUCGUAAAGUCUGAAACACUUCUAGUUACGACAAUAACGAAGAACGAUCGGUGUACGUUCGUGAAACCUUAAAGAAAAUGAUAAAAGUAACUAAUGUACCCGAUGUAUAUACAUAUACAGCAAAAAAGAAAAUGUGGCUGGCCUAAGCGUAGUACAAACUUUUGAGAAACAAAGAAAACUUCGUGCUAAACCAGAAUAGUAUGGAACUUUUGGUUCGAGCACCGUUUUCGACGCGCUAACACUUAAAUAAGUCGAUAGAAAAUGUCGUGAUUUUCAAACGAAACCUUGGUGAUCGUCACUAUGUAAUUGUAGCGAAUUUUAACGAAGUACAAGCUUCUAACGUUUUAUAGCAUUGGAUAUUUGAAUGUUCCAUACAAUUAUAAGCUAGUUUUAUAUUACCGUAAAACGUGCGUACGAUAGCGUAAGAUUCCAAACCUGCCGUAAUACGCGCAAACUUUCUGUAAAAAGAUUUCCUUUCUAACACGAUGCGUUACCCGAGUAAGAUGUUGUUCGUCCGCGAGAUCAUUAUUUACAUAAUGUACGAUAUGCAAUAAUAUAAAUCAACAGAGUAGAACACUCUUCGCUUUGUUAUAUUUGAUAAACUAUAGAACAAGGUUCACUUCGAAUAUGGACCAAUCAACUAAAGAGUACAACCUUGCUUGUAUCUUCGUGUGAAUAUUGCGUCAGGUUUGUGUCCAUGUAAAAGGAUAGAUAACUAUUUAGCCAUUUAUAGAGAUACAUAUGUAUAAAAAUAUGUGAAUAGACUCGUAUAACGAUGGUAACGUCUACAAACAUUAAAAAAAAAAAAA